AUGGGCCCCUUCGCUCCCCGCUGCUGCGCGCUGGCGCUGCUGUGCAGCGUGCUGGUGCUCGCCGCCGUGCUGGUGCGCGCCGAGUCGUUCACUGUGACGCGCGACGUCACCAUGUCGAGCACAUCAUUCGACGACUACACCAUGGUGCUCGACCUGUCCUCCUCGAGCGCGGAUGUGGUGACGGUGCAGCUGAUAAACUCACAGGUGUCCGGCAACGGCCUCACCAUCAAGAACGCCAGGGGCAGCACCCCCUCGUCGGCGCGGCUGAGCAUGAGCAUGGCAAUCACCACAGUGGCGCAGUCCGCCAUCACCCUCUCCGGCGUCAUGCCCGCCAACUCCGACAUUCGCAUCGUCGCCACCACCAGCUCCCUCGCCCCCGCGCAGUCGCUCUUCGACUUCAGCGGCCUCGCACUCGACAGCAACGCCACCGUCAUGGUGGAGAACACCGCCGUCACGUGGCCGAAGGACUCCAUCAACACGGGCAGCAUCGUGCUCAUCAGUGCCGGCAGCAACGCCGUCGGCAUCAAGAACACCGCCGCCCUGUUUGUGCUCAACGCCACCGCCAUCAACGGCGCGUCCGUGGUCCGCGUCGACACGCAGUCGUCCUUCCCCAUCAGCAAAGGCGCCGCGCUCGCCGUCGACUACGGCCGUUGCGAGCGGUGCUCCAGCGCGCUUGUCAGCAUCAACGUCCCACUCGUCGUCGACGCCUCCAGCCUGUUCCGUGUGGCCAACUGCAAGGUCGUCGGCGCCAGCAACGGCCUGCUGACCUCCGCCGGCAGCAUCACGGUCAGCGACAAGUCCGCCUACCUUAUCUACGACAGCGCCGUCGAGUCCGGCGCCCUCUUCUCCUUCCCCGCCGGCCUCGAGGACGCCAGUGAGGCGUACCCCUUCGCCGUGUCCGGCGGCUCGACCGUGUCCUUCCUCAACCUGAAGGGGUCCUCCACCGGUGUUGCCGCGGGCCAGAGCGUCCCCAACUCCUUGGAACAGUCGAACGCCAUCGGCGGCGGCUGCGUCAUCAGCGACAAGGAGCUCAGAGUCGCCUCGGAGUACAGAAGCCACGGCCUCAGCGUGGAGACCGUCGUCGACAGCCAGGGUGCCAGCAGCGGCACCUGCGCCAACGCCAAGUGCAUCCCCGGCAACACCAAGCCAGGCGCCACGGUCUCCGGCACGGAGCUGUGCACCUGCCAGUGCUCCUCCACCAAGCACCACUCGCCCUUCUGCACGUCCGUCGUUGACCCCAUGCAGAACUACGACCCCAACGUGUGGUGCACCGUGCCCGACUGCAUCACCUGCGACCGCCUCGACCCCUCCAACCGCUGCACGGAGUGCGACACGGGCUACAGCCUCACCAGCGACUAUCAGUGCAAGGCCAUCACCACCAUCACCACCACCACCACCACCACUAAAGCGCCCACCUGCACCGCCCCCCACUGCUCCGUGUGCGCCGCCGGCAGCGGGUCCAUCUGCAGCUCCUGCCGAUCCCCCUACACCCUGUCCAACGGUGUCUGCGUCGCCAACACCAACAUCGCCGCCGGCGCGCACACCGCCACCCUCGCCGCGGCCGUCUGCGUUGCCGCCGCUCUCUACGCCCUUUAG